CUCUAAGUAGCACCUCUCUAUCGCCCUCCCUCUCUUUCUCUCUUUCUCCAUCUAUCUAUCUAUCUAAACCAGUCCAAUGGCACAGUUCAUGGCCUUUCUUCUCACAAUUCUCUUUAUCUGCUCCUUCACAAGCGCAAUGGCAGCCUACAACAUUGCAGAUUUUGGAGCCAAACCUGACGGUCGAACCGACUCGGCCAAGCCAUUCCUCAGUGCAUGGGCUGCUGCUUGUGGUUCCAGCCAGCCUUCAGCUAUUAUUGUGCCCGCCGGCAGGUUCCUCCUCAGCCAGGCCCUCUUCCAGGGGCCAUGCAAGAACAGCAAUAUAAGGAUCUUCAUCAGUGGGACUAUUGUGGCUCCCUCCGGUUAUGGUUCUAACACAGUAUGGAUAUCAUUCAACUACGUCCAAGGCUUAUCCAUCUUCGGUGGGACACUCGAUGGGCAAGGGCAGUCCUUCUGGGCCUGCAAGAUGGCUGGCCGGAGCUGUCCAAAUGGCGCCACGUCUCUCACGAUCGCCGAAUCAAAGAACAUCCUGAUCAGCGGCCUGACAUUGUUGAACAGCGAAGUCUUCCACAUCUCGAUCUUUGGCAGCUCCGGUGUCACGGUGCGGGGUGCGAAGAUCACCGCCCCGGGGGACAGCCCCAACACCGACGGCAUCCACAUCCAGAAGUCAAGCUUCGUGACCGUCAGCGGAAGCAGCAUCAAGACCGGCGACGACUGCAUUUCCAUGGGCGAAGGUGCCACUGACGUCUGGAUUGAGAAGAUAAGCUGUGGCCCGGGUCAUGGCAUCAGCAUUGGAAGCUUAGGGGAUACGCCGCAGGAAGAUGGCGUGCAGAACGUGACGGUGAAGUCGGUGGUGCUCGCGGGGACGCAGAACGGGCUAAGGAUCAAAACAUGGGGGAAGCCUAACACUGGGUUUGUUAAGGGGAUCAGGUUUGAGCAUGCCAUCAUGCAGAAUGUCCAAAAUCCUAUCGUCAUCGAUCAGAACUACUGCCCUGGAAACAAGAACUGCCCUGGCCAGAGCUCGGGCAUCAAGAUCAGUCAGGUGAUGUACAGCGACAUCCAUGGGUCGUCGGCGACCCAAGCAGCAGUGAAGUUCGAUUGCAGCUCGAGCAAUCCAUGCAGUGGAAUUGGGUUGCAGAACAUAAAUCUAAGUUACUUAGACAAGCAGGCACAGUCGUACUGUAGGAAUGUUCAGGGGAGCACUUCUGGCUUUGUUAUUCCUCCGAGUUGCCUCUGAUGUUGUGGGAUUAGGAUAAAAAUAGUGGCUGAUGCUCUGGGUGGCCGGCCGCCGAGCGCAGGAAUGCGUGAAGAGGGAGCUGGGGAGAUCCUGGGAGAGCAAGGUCGAGUCCCGUUUCAGUAUUAGUAGAAGGGUUCCCUUCUCGAAUUAUAUUAUUUCAUGUAUGUGUACCUUUUCAUGUAAAGGUUUUGGUGUUUGGAUAAAACCCCUAUAAUUAAAUUAAUGUAAUAAGGGAGGUCUUGCUUGUAGUAAUCGAAUGCAUACAUAUUUAUAAAUAUUGAUCACUGUGAA